AUGAACAAGUUGGAUAUAAAGGGUGUAGUACAGGGUUUUCUCAAGGGAAAGGAGAGGUUCAAGGUUAUCUCGGAAGGUUUGAAUCGCCCUGUGGUGACCCCUCUUACCCGCCAGCUCUUGAUUCUAGACUCGUCGUUCAAUCCGCCACAUUUGGGACACUUAUCGAUGAUUCGACAAGCAAUUAUGAAAGUUGGGACCAUCCAGGGGAACUAUACAGCAGUAUCGAGCAUCAACACCAAAUCGGUGUUGCUCUUAUUCAGCGUCAACAACGCAGAUAAAGGGACAGCCGAAACGGAGGAAUAUGUACGUCGGUUGCAUAUGGUUGAAUUGAUGAGUGAGUACAUCAGCACCGAACUAGGUGUUGCUUGCUGUGUUGCAUUGACCAAUGCGAGUCUGUUUGUCGAUAAGAGUGACCUUAUAAAUGGAUGGUUACGGCAAAGACGAACAUCAAUGGAAGUGGAAACAUACUUUCUACUCGGUUUCGACACGCUGAUCCGACUCCUUGACGCAAAGUACUACGAUGGGAAUAUCAACGAGGUCCUUGCUCGGUUUUUCAAGAGUUCUAGGAUCGUUGUUUUCCUAAGGAAUGAUCCAUCUUGCAGAAUGGCAGUAGCUAAACAAGUUCAGUUCUUACAUGACUUGACUAUCGACGACAAUUGGAAACAAAGGAUUGUUCAACUCGAGAGUCCCAAAGAAUGGGGGAUUAGCUCUUCGGCAAUCCGUGCCAAUCCUUCGUUACUCGAUACGGGGAACGUAGUAAUCCCUUCCAUUCGAGAUUUCCUAAAGAGGAAGUAA